AUGAUCAGAAAUCCAAAUUACACAAGCUUUGUUUGCUGUGCUGUCUGUAAUAAAAUAAUUCCACCUGCCCCUUUUGGGGAAACCUUCAAACGGAUCCAUGAAUACAAGCCAUUUAAGACACGCUUUUACACUCACAAAGAUAUACUGGAUAUCGGGGCAGAUAUUCUGGAUAAAGAAGAGCAAUUUCAAGAGGCAGUACUCAAAGAACGUAUUGCAAAAGCAGAAGCUGAUGUGUGGGUUCAGGCUGAUGAACGUCAAAAACAAGCAAUUGAGAAAGCACUUGAAGAAGCAAAUGACAAACACAAAAUUAAUAUUCAGAUCCUGGAAGAGGAACAUCGAAAAGACUUACAGGAAUUGGCAGCCAAAACCAAGAUAGAGGUGCACCAAAACAUGGAAGAUGAACUGCGGAGAGAACAUUUGGCUGCAGAACAACGCAUGAUGCAUAGAAUCCAGAGGAUUAUGAUGGAGUGCCACAGGGAAAAGGUCCAGGCUGUGGAGAAGGCCAGGGCUGAAGAAAGACAGAUGGCCCAAGAAGCAAUCCAGGCCCAGAAAAGACUAGCCACGGAGGAAAUUUUGAAUACUGGUAUAACAGCUAUGAAGGAUCAGAAGAAGAGUAUGACCCAGAUAAUAAAAGAAAAAGAACAUGAAAUGAACAUUUACUAUUGCAUGACUCAGAGACAGAAGCAAGAAGAAGUUCAGGAAGUACUUCAAGAAGCAGAGAAGACACAUCAGGUCACGCUUGGAAAUGUGAUGGAUAAACUGGUUAACACUCAGGGGGAGCUGCUGUCCAUAGCGAAACAACUAGGCAUUAUGACAAAUUGGAAAGAUUUCCUGGAGGAGGAAUUACAGGAAACAAGGGCAGCAUUUCAAAAAUACAUCAAUUAUACGUUUCCUAAGCUUUCGCCAGGACACGCAGAUUUUAUACUGCCAGAAAGAAAGAAAACACCUUCCAGUCUUAUUAUUCAGGAGAAUGAAACAACUCCUGAUUAA